AUGGGCUGGUACUCACUCCUGCCCACGCAUUUGAGCGACAUUGAAGGAUGGAUCUCUAGCAUCUUUAUGUUACUCGGCGUUGUCACGAUAGGACCAUGGGCUCUCCUCCUUGUCUACGACCUGCUCUUCUACGUCUACCGCUCCUGCGCAUACCACAUCCCAUUCAUUGGCGGCAAAGCUCAAGGAAAGAGAAGGCCACGAGCUCCCAGCCUUACCGAAAGACCGAGUGGUCAACGACGUGACGCUCCGAAGGUGCCGAUACCUGCCGCGACGACGGGCACACACCGACACGAAGAAGGACUCGAGAGAAGACGUACAGGAAACAGCUGA